GAACACAGACCCGUCCUCCAACACAGACGACAGAGCGACAGACUGACCGACCGUCGUGAUGGGUAAAGGCUUCUACAUCAGCAAAGGGGUCGGCAUUGUCGGGGUGAUCCUCGGAGCCGGCGCCGUAGCGACCAUCAUCGCUCUGUCUGUGGUUUACUCACAAGAAAAGGCCAAAAACAACGAGGUGAAACCCACAGAACCUGGAACCACCACCAAUCCCACCGCCACCGCCACCACACCAACGCCAUCCAACGAAACCUGGGACCAGUAUCGACUCCCCAAGACCUUGGAACCGAUUCACUACGAUGUAACUCUUAGGCCACACCUGAAACGAGACCCUGUGAAUGGUCUUUACAUCUUCACAGGCGAGUCCACCUUCCACUUCAAGUGUGUCGAGGACACGGACCUGAUCCUGAUCCACUCCAACAAGCUGAACUACACCACGCAGGCCAAUGGGCACACAGCAACGCUCACCUCCGUCAGUGGUGCGGAGGCACCGCAGAUCAAGAACAGCUUCCUCUGGGACGUGACUCAGUACCUGGUCCUGCAGCUGAACGGUAAACUGACCAAGGACAGUGAGUACAAGUUGUACACCAAGUUCCAUGGAGAGCUGGCUGACGACCUGGGCGGUUUCUACAGGAGCGAGUACAAGGAAGGUAACGAGACAAAGAUAGUUGCCACGACUCAGAUGCAGCCGACAGACGCCAGGAAAGCUUUUCCCUGUUUGGACGAACCUGCGAUGAAAUCCUACUUUAACAUAAGUCUGAUCCACGACUAUGGAAUGGUAGCGCUGUCCAACGGUGCCGAGAGAGAAUCAGUUAACAUCACCAUCGAUGGUGAGAAACUGGUGAAGACGUCAUUUGAAAUGACAGAGAAAAUGUCCACGUACCUCCUGGCCUUCGUCGUCUGUGAUUUCGGCUACAUCGAGAGUACCAGCGACAAAACUCUGAUCCGUAUUUUUGCUCGGAAGUCGGCCAUCAACGCUGGGCAAGGAGCUUACGCUCUCAACAAAACUGGACCCAUCCUCAAGUUCUUUGAGAAGUACUAUAACUCCAGCUACCCUCUGCCCAAAUCUGACCAGAUCGCUCUGCCGGACUUUAACGCCGGGGCCAUGGAGAACUGGGGUCUGAUCACCUACAGAGAGACGGCGCUGCUCUACGACGAGAGAUUUUCAUCCAACUCCAACAAGGAGAGGAUCGCGACCAUCAUCGCUCACGAACUGGCCCACAUGUGGUUUGGAAACCUGGUGACCCUGAGGUGGUGGAACGACCUUUGGCUGAAUGAAGGUUUUGCGUCUUACGUGGAAUACCUGGGAGGAGACAACGCCGAACCGGACUGGGGCGUGAAAGACUUGAUCGUCCUCAGUGACGUCCACAGAGUGUUCGCCGUGGACGCGCUGGCCUCGUCUCACCCUCUGUCCUCUAAGGAAGAAGACAUUCAGAAACCAGAACAGAUCAGCGAGUUGUUUGAUGCUAUCUCAUACAGCAAGGGGGCGUCUGUUCUGAGAAUGCUGUCAGAUUUUCUGACUGAAGAAAUCUUCACCAUGGGACUCAGGACCUACCUGAAGGAGUUUGCCUUUGGGAACGCCGUCUACACAGACCUGUGGAGACAUCUGCAGAUGGCAGUGAAUCAGACUGGAACUGUUCUGCCUGACACUCUGGAGAACAUCAUGAACACCUGGGUUCUGCAGAUGGGUUUUCCUGUGGUCACCAUUAACACCACCACCGGUGAAGUCCGUCAGCAACACUUCCUCCUGGACCCAGACUCCAACGUCACCACCCCGUCCGACUAUAAUUAUGAAUGGAUCGUUCCAAUGAAGUGGCAGAAGAAGGAAGCUGUGCAGCCAACGUUUUGGUUGACGAAGAAAUCAAAUAGCACUGAAAUAAUGAAGGUGACUGGAUCUGACUGGGUUCUGGCCAACAUUAAUGUGACGGGCUACUACAGGGUCAACUAUGACGACGGUAACUGGGACCGACUGCUCAAUCAGCUAGCAACAGAUCACAGGAUUAUUCCAGUCAUCAACAGAGCUCAGCUGGUGGACGACGCCUUCAACCUGGCCAGAGCAAAGAUCAUCCCAACGGUCUGGGCCCUCAAAACCACCACGUACCUGAACAAGGAGCUGGAGUACAUGCCCUGGGCAUCUGCCCUCAACAACCUAGACUUCUUCUCACUCAUGUUUGACCGCUCCGAGGUCUAUGGACCCAUGCAGGACUACCUGAGGAAACAGGUCACACCACUGUUCUAUCACUUCAAGAAUAUAACGGGGAACUGGACCAAUGUUCCAAAAGGACACAUGGACCAGUACAACCAGGUGAAUGCCAUCAGUCUCUCAUGUAAAACUGGUCUUGAAGAAUGUCAGGAUCUGGUCAAGUCCUGGUUCCAGCAGUGGAUGACCACCGGCAAUAACUCCAUACACCCAAAUCUGCGCUCUACCGUCUACUGCAACGCCAUUGCAGCAGGUGGAGCUAAAGAGUGGGAGUUUGCCUGGUUAGAGUUUAAGAACUCAACCAUUGCCAGCGAAGCAGAGAAACUGCGAUCUGCUCUGAGUUGCACCAAACAGCCUUGGCUACUGAACAGGUACCUGGAGUACACUCUGGACCCAAACAGUAUCCGAAAACAGGACGCCACCUCCACCAUCGUCUAUAUCGCCAACAACGUGGUGGGUCAACCUCUGGCCUGGGACUUUGUGAGAGACCGUUGGUACUACAUUUUCACAGAAUACGGUGGAGGCUCCUUCUCCUUCUCCAACCUCAUCAACGGCAUCACCAAACGCUUCUCCACUGAGUUUGAGCUCAAAGAGCUGAGGCAGUUCAAAGAGGAUAACUCAGAUGAGGGUUUCGGUUCCGGAACUCUAGCCGUGGAUCAGUCCAUUGAAAGAACCAUUGCUAACAUGAAGUGGAUCGCAGAGAAUGAGGAGAAUGUUCUGGAGUGGUUCAGGGCUGAAACUAAGGCGUGAAGAAACUGUGAACCAGACCUAUAUUUAUGUGAUUUUUUAAAAUACUGACCCCUGCUGGAGCAAGAGAAGAAAGAGCGAAUAGUCGUAGAUGGAUUUUUUUAUAAAAGAUGGAAGGAUAGCAGGGGAAUGAUGCCUUUUGUUAUUGUUUUUUUACUUUUCUAAAUCAAGGUUUGAAUUGUAAUAACGUCAUUCACUGAGGCUGUGAUUGUGAUAAAAAGUCAGUGUCAGGUUAUUGAUUAUGGUCUUUUAAAAACCAUUUGUUUAUAAACACAAAGAAUUGAUAAGAAUAAUAAUUUAUAAUGAAAAUGAAGUAUAUUUUUUAAAAUGUUAUGUCUUGUAUUUAUCACAAACACCAGAUUCUAUUCUUGUAAAUCCAAGUAAUUAUUGUUGUUAUUAUUAUUAAAUUUUAAAGUUGAGUUUGUCAAAGA